CCGAGCGGACCUUUGUGUUUCGUGCUGCUUUGCAGCUGCGAAUAAACCCUAGUUAUAUACCUUUGUUCUAGUGGUUGUGGAGAAGGUUUUUGGCAGCGAGAAUAGCUGUGUCGUGGACUACUCUUGACCGUUUGGUUCGUUUCUUUUGGUCUUCAUCAACCCUGGUUUCUGGAGCAUAAGCUGGAGACUGUUAUUCUUUUCCUAGUUUAUUCUUGUUUGAUUUUGUUUAUCUGCUGCUCUGCGGGGGAUCGGUUAUGAAGGAUUCCGAUGCUACGCGUCGUAGCAAAUCACGGGAGGUUAUUUGCAUUUGUUGGUGAUAGGAAGGCUGGUUACUUUUUACAAUCCAAUCAGAAACCGGGCCACCCUGGACUAAGAAAUCAUUGUUCAGCAGCUAAAUUUGGUGCCUUCAAUUCGUUUAGAAGACUGAUUUCACAUUGUAGAAACUGUAGUAGAGGAAAUGUUGCUUCCGGGAGAUCUAGCGUAAAAGAGAACUUCUGGAACGGUACUAGCAGCAGAACUUUCUACUCUGUCCCAUUCGGUAAGCCUUUUGUAACCAGCCACGCUCGACUAAGUUGGAAGAAGCUCACUUUGAUUUAUUCUCCUGGAGGUCCACUGUUCUCACCAGUUGGUAGGAUUGCGUGUACCUUGAGCUUGGCCUUGACUCGAUUCCAUGUUAUUCCCGGCAUUCUUGCUUUGAGUGUUGGGGAGUUAGAAUGGGUGCAGAAAACUCACGCGGAUGGGCAUUUCUUCUCUGCGGGGAACGGUCUUUAUAUUGGCGCACAGGAUGGACGUUUGUAUAUAUCUUCGAUCUUUUAUUCAUUCAUAGAAUGUGUUUUUCUAAUCUUCCGAGCAGCCUACUUGGCAGUUCUCUUCUUUCCAGCCAUUUUGAUGGCUCCAUUUGCAGAUUCCUUUGGUGUUGAGUUUAGGAAGACAUGGCUUCUGCUUGUCCAUGGAACUCUUGAGCAAGCAGGUCCAGCAUUCAUAAAAUGGGGACAGUGGGCAGCCACUCGACCAGAUCUCUUCCCUAAUGACCUCUGCACGGCACUUUCAAUGCUUCACAGUAAAGCACCCGCACAUAGCUUCACGUACAGUAAGAACACUAUUGAGAAAGCAUUUGGUCGGAAGCUUGAUGAGAUUUUUGAGCAGUUUGAGGAGUCUCCUGUGGCAUCAGGUAGCAUAGCACAAGUUCAUCAAGCUUCCCUUAGGUUUCAACAUCCCGGUCAGAGGUUGAGUAAACCUAUUCCUGUUGCUGUGAAGGUUAGGCAUCCUGGGGUGGGUGAAUCUAUAAAAAGGGAUUUCACAAUUAUUAAUUUUGUUGCAAAACUUUCGAGUUACAUACCCGCCCUUAAUUGGUUACGACUGGAUGAAAGUGUUCGUCAGUUUGCGGUGUUCAUGAUGUCACAAGUAGAUCUCGCAAGAGAAGCUGCUAAUUUGAGUCGGUUUAUUUACAAUUUUCGUAGAUGGAAGGAUGUGUCAUUCCCAAAACCAUUUUAUCCACUCGUGCAUCCUGCUGUUCUUGUGGAGACGUUCGAACCUGGGGAUUCUGUGACUCACUAUAUUGAUGGACUUGGUGGAAACACACGUAUUAAAAGUGAUCUUGCGCAUAUUGGUACACAUGCGCUCCUCAAGAUGCUUUUGGUGGAUAAUUUUAUUCAUGCAGACAUGCAUCCUGGAAAUAUCCUUGUUCGAUUGCCUCAAAGAAAAAGGUCAAGAAAAAGGCUCUUUAGACCAAAACCUCAUAUCAUAUUUCUUGAUGUUGGGAUGACAGCUGAGCUUUCUAAAAGUGACCGCCGUAACUUGAUGGAAUUCUUUAAGGCUGUUGCUCUUCGAGAUGGCAGAACAGCUGCAGAAUGCACAUUAAGAUUAUCAAGAAAGCAAAGUUGUCCAGACCCAAAGGCCUUCACUGAGGAGCUGGAGAGGGCAUUUACCUUUUGGGGUACUCCUGACGGCGACGUCAUUCAUCCUGUAGAAUGCAUGCAUCAUUUGCUUGAACAAGUUCGUCGCUAUAGAGUGAAUGUUGAUGGAAGUAUUUGCAGUGUGUUGGUGACAAUAUUGGUCCUCGAGGGUUGGCAACGCAAGCUUGAUCCAGAUUACGAUAUAAUGCAUACGCUGAGGACAUUACUGUUGAACCCAGACGGCGUGCAGCAGCCUAUCGAUUACUUCUUCUCAUAAUAGAGCUUUUUGGCACACAAUUCCAUAAUUUUUUCUUAAUUUUUGAUGGAGAGAAAUAAACAUUUUAGUUUGGCUUGGCUUUCUGUCUUGAAUCUGAUUAAUCAAUCAAAUUUGAGCUCGAAUCCAAGCUUAAUUUUUUAAGUUUGAAACAGCUUGUGAGGAUUUUCAUUUUUUAUGAAGUUAUAGUUUUGAUUCAA